AUCCUGUUUAACCUCCAAUCUUCUAUUAUAGCCUGAGGACUUUGCAACUACAGGAAUGACGUUAUUGGCGCGGAUCGCGGCAGCAAGAAAAGCCAAGAUUGCGAGGUUGAAGCCCCAGUUCGGGCGCGAGGAUGGAGAACCUAGGAAUCUUAAAUCCCUCGAAGACGGCAGACCUCGAGAAGCAAACACGAAGGUCGCUCAACGAAACAAGGCGGUUUCGCCGCUUUUACGAUUGCCUGCGGAGUUGCGGAACCACAUCUAUGGAUAUGUAUUAGGCGGAAAGAGCAUAUGCUUGACCUCUAGUGACGGAGUUUGUAUCGGAGAGAUCGCGCCCUGUCUCACUCCACCAGAGUCAGGCUACAACGGCAAUGAAGAAGAGCAUGGUGCACUACAGCUUCUAUACGUUUGUCGUCAAGUCCAUGCCGAAGCCCGUUUACUCAUCUUCUCCCUCAAUGUUUUCCGGUACAGCAAGCCCCUCCCACAUUUGGAGCUCUGGAAGCAAAAACAACCUGAAUCUAUGCUGCUGAUUACAAUCGUACGACUCUACUCGAAUGGAUGUACUAAGGAGGCCAUGUGGCUUGAAGGGCUAAAGUACUUCCCAAAUCUAAAACGCGUUGAACUGGCUGUGCAGCGUAUGGGGAAACGUCCCGAGGGUCAAGAAGCUGUUAAUGAGGGAACUGAUGCACAGGGACCUUGGGAAGUCGGCAUUGAGAUUAGAGCGAGAAAGGAAGCUUCCAAUCACCGGGUUCAAGUCAUGUUCUAUCGACGUUGGAUAUGAGAGCCUAGGAUCGAGCCGUGGAGGAUUGGAUUGCUAAUAUGCGCAUAGUGGGUACACGACCCACGUACACCACUUUAGAGGCCUUGUGGGUCUCGAAGUCUGCUAUUGGUCUUUUCUUACAACACCACUAACGUUGAGAGGAGAGUCUCCGGUUUGGCUUAAUGGGAUUCGUAAUUCAAUAUCAAGGGUAAUACAGCAGCUAAUACCGAUAUCUAAGUCACC